GAAACGAUUAAAUGCCAGACUCAGCAAACUGAAACGAAAGUAAGCGAUUGUUGCAGCAAAGAAAAGAGCGAAACGCAUCACAAUCGCUAGUUUACACUGUGCUGUUUGACGAAAGUGAUUUUACAAAUCGAACCGACGAGUGAAGCCCGUAGAAAGGUCAGUGUACAGUUCUAGCCCAACCAAUUGUGCAGCCGCAUUUUUCGCAUCGCUGUGUCGCCAUUGGGAAAUAGAAAACUGUGUGCGCGUUCCAUACUCUUGCAUCCAGCAGCAGCAGCAGCUGUAUCUGUUGUAAAGGAACGAUUGAAGGCGUCGCUAACGAAGCAGAACGCCUGUAUCAGCGUAAUUAUCGCGCGUUUGGUCCAGCCGCAGGCAAGAAAGGAAGUCAGGCGGAAGUACGCGGGUGCAGUAGCACGGAGGAGCGACUGCAUCUAUUCACCAUCUGAUUGUGUGCGGUACUUGUGUGCUGGGGAAGAUUAUAGUAGCGCAACCUAAAGAGAAACGCCCGCAGGAGGGAAACACCCGUAGGAGGAACGUGCAUCUAGAGCGGAGGAAGAAUGGCCCAAAACAUCAACCCGGAGCGCGCACAGUCGUCGAACCCAUCGAAACAGAGCGAUGAGGCGUUGAUAAACAACAAUAACCAGGCCGUUAGCAAAAGACUCCAGAAAGAGCUGAUGGCGCUGAUGCUGUCGUCGGAAAAAUCCAUCUCUGCCUUUCCGGAGGGUGAAAAUUUCUUCAAAUGGAUCGGCACGAUCAGCGGCCCGGACGACACCGUGUACAAGGGCCAGAAGUACAAGCUGCUGCUGGAAUUCCCCAACUCGUACCCGUACUCGGCCCCGAACGUCAAGUUCAUCACGCCCUGUUUUCACCCGAACGUCGACCUCAGCGGUUCGAUAUGCCUUGACAUCCUGAAGGACAAAUGGUCCGCCCUGUACGACGUGCGGACGAUCCUGCUCUCGAUCCAAUCCCUGCUCGGGGAACCGAACAACGAUAGCCCACUGAACUCGCAGGCAUCUCAGCUGUGGCCGAACCAGGUCGAGUACAAAAAGUAUUUGGACGAUUUCUACGAGAAGAAUAAGGAUUCCUAAAGCGCGGGUGAUUCCCAUCCUACCCGGUGCGCAUUCUGCAAGCCUCCAUGGAACCUCCUCUUCAAAAAACCACCAACAAACAACUCCCUUAUUAGUAGAACAAUUUAAUGAUAGAGGAAGCAGGUAGCAAGUCAGUCUCGUCGUCGUGAGCGCCUUGUCGUGUCAUUGUCAGUUUAGCGCCCCCCAAACACAUAGAUCGAUCUGGGGACGGUCGGAGUCGGAGGUAGUAUUGGGCUUUGAUGCAUUUUUCCGCGAGGAGGGAGUAAUUAGAUUUUUCGUAAAGGGAAAACAAAGAGAAGUGAAAUUUUAUCGAAUUUGUCAAAAUGUUUAAAACUAAAACUCCUUCGAUGAUUUUCUCAACGUGUGCUGGACUCUGUAAAUUUGCUUCUCUAAUUUAUCGCGUAAUUUAACUUUCUCUCUCUCUCUCAAUACCCACAAAACUGUGUGCCGCUAUGUUUUACCGUAAAGGUUUGAAGCAAAGUUUUGAUUUACUUAAAUUGUUGUGACUUGUUUAAUGAUGUCAAGCUAGGAGAUGAACAUUGCAUGAUGCCAAUCUUUUUUUUUGCUUUUAAGAGACAAUUUUAAUAUUGACUAUUAUUUUGUUUGAGCCAUGGCGUUUUUUUUAAUCGCAAUAGACUUCCAUAACAUCAAACAGCUUUCUUCCUACGGACUCCGCGCGGUACGCGCUGCAUUGAUUCACAGACAGGCAAAUAUGAUACGACACGAGGAUUAGAUGGGAAGAUGUAACAAACAAACAAAAAACACGAAAGUACACAUAAUGAGCUAAUUUAGUUUACAAGAAUCGCGCGCACGUCUCCUUAAAGCGGGUGGGGAACAUAAAGGUCAAUCACUUGUCGUCGUCGUUGCCACACGGUGCGUCCAAGUUGCGAAUGCGGAAUACGGAAAGCUCACCAGCAAGACUCUGUCUGGCAAGGGGAGAAAGAACAUUUAUGUAUUUAUUUAUAAUUUUGUGUGCGGUAGAAAAACGGAAAUAUGAACAUGGUUGUUUGAAAGUCAGCAAACAG